AAAAGGUUGUCAUCCAAACAAACACUCUUUGAUGAGGAUAGAAGGACCUCCACCAUGAUCGGAUCUUCUUGCUUAGUUUCCCGCCCUGACAUCUUAUCUUAUCACAAUCCUUUGGGGUUUUCACCUUCCUAUCCACGUCUUCAUCGCCAGUGCCAUUACAACAAUGCAUCAUUUCCAACCACUCCAUCAACCGGAGUAAUCAAGUUCAGACGCUUCUCCUCUCAACAGCAGCCGCAGCCUCCACCCAACGAUGAAGAAAUUCAAUUCCAGAGGCUGUUUUCGAACCUUAAUCGAGCUACUCUUCAACGGGAACCUGGAAGCGUCACCGGUUCGGUUCUUCUCGUUGCUGGAACCACUGUUGGUGCAGGAAUUCUUGCUAUUCCUGCAGUUACUCAGGAAUCUGGGUUUCUGGCGGCUGCAGUCACCUGCAUUCUUUGUUGGAUUUAUAUGGUUGUGACUGGCUUGCUAAUAGCUGAAGUUAAUGUAAAGACGAUGUGCGAGCUAGGCUCUGGUGGAGUAUCAUCGGUAUCAAUGGCUACAAGAACUCUUGGGGCAGUUGGAGUUCAGAUUGCUUGCUGGUCAUAUAUUUUUAUACAUUACGCUCUCCUUGUUGCCUAUGUGGCUCGUUCAUCAGACAUCUUAACGGAUAUCCUUGGCAUUCCAGUAUGGGAAUGUGCUUUGCUGUUUUCACUUCUCUUCGGCAGCAUUUGCUACUUUGGAAGCCAGCAGCUUAUUGGUGCAGUCAAUGGAGUACUAGUUUUGGGCAUCAUAAUUUCUUUUGCAGCGUUGGUGGCAGCUGCGGGCAGGGAUUUGCACUGGGAUGCUCUAUUGAAAACUAACUUGCAAGCUAUUCCCGCUAGUAUACCUAUAAUAGCACUCUCCUUUGUUUAUCAGAAUGUAGUGCCUGUUCUUUGUACGAAUUUGGAAGGAGACCUGCCAAAAAUAAGGAGUUCGAUUAUUUUAGGCACUGCUAUACCCCUUGGUCUCUUUCUUAUCUGGAAUGCUGUCAUUCUUGGUACGAUUGAAACAACAGGCACAGAUAAGAUUGCUGACCCACUGCAGGCAUUGCAAGCUACAAAUGGAGUUGUCGGGCCUAUUGUUGGAGCGUUUUCGCUCCUUGCCAUUGCAACUUCUUACAUUGGAUUUGUUUUGGGCCUCUCCGACUUCCUCUCUGACUUGCUGAAACUACCAUCUGAUAAAAACAGACCGCUGCCUUACAUCCUCACGGUGUUUCCGCCGCUAAUACUGUCAUUGCUAGACCCUGAUAUCUUUUUCAAAGCACUGGAUUUUGCUGGAACUUAUGGGGUUCUGGUGCUGUUCGGCGUUCUUCCUGCUGCAAUGGCCUGGUCCGAUAGAUACUCGAGUUCCUCUUUGUCCUCAAAUAUCCCAGAGCUUGUACCUGGAGGCAGGUUCACCCUUUCACUAGUAAUUGGAGGUGCAGGAUAUGUUAUUGUUUCGGAACUACUUGACAGCUUCAUGCACAAAUGAAACUGUUAAAACUUUGCGUAGUUGGAAUCUCAGGAGACCCAUCACACAUUUAUGUUGUAUAGGAACACCACAUUUCGUUACUACUUAAAAAUUGGAUGUAUUAUAAUACGUCAACAUGUGGGCGAAACCCACCCAAAAACAUCAAAAUGCUCCCCUACUUGUUGUAUUAAGGUCAAACUGUAAAAUAAACAGUAUUCGCGAGGAUAAUACUGUUGUAGCUUUUAAUCCC